AUGGCUUUAAACAAUGCAGCAGCAGCAGCGGCGGCCGCGGCUCCAGCACCUGCCGCAGGAGGAGCACCUCCCCCCCCUCCUCCAGUCCUUACUCCUCAAGACGUUAUGCAUGGUCUUAUUGGAACUGGCAAUUUUUUUACCAUCGCCCAACAGCUUGCUGCAGGCGCUGCAUAUUGGGAAGUUGCUACCCACUGCGCCCAGACAGCGUUUCAAAAGGUGCCUGACACGAAGGGUGACAGUACGUCCCGUUGGGGUACUGUUCGCCAAGGUCCAAAUGAGCCAUAUGCUGUCUUUAUCGAUCGCCUAUAUGACUCCUUGAAGCGCCAAAUAGCAGACACUCAAGUUCAGGAGGUGAUCAUGAAACAACUUGCCUUUGAUAAUGCAAAUGAGGAUUGUAGAGUGGCACUUCGCCCUCUGAUCAGCCAGCAAGGGAUAAACAUAGCCGACAUGCUAAAGGCUUGUCAGUCCAUCGGCUCAGAAAGCCACAAGGCACGGCUACUUGCCGCAGCUUUAUCCCAGGCUGCCAACCCUAUGAAAGACAAACUUUGUUUUGGAUGCAAUAAGCCUGGCCAUUUCCGCGCACAAUGCCGCUCCACUGGCAGUCAGUCUGGAAAGCGCCCCCCCUCUAAGUGUCCUAUCUGCAAGAAAGGCUUUCAUUGGGCAAAUCAAUGCCACUCAAACCCUGCUAAUCAGAAUCAAACCUCUAGCCAAGGACAAUCAUCCCAGAACCAGGGAAACCGGCAGACGGGCCCUCCCCGGGCCCCAGUAAAUCAAUAG